GGUCUCUCUUUCCCUCGAGCCGCCAGUCGUUUUGUUCCGUCUCUGCUUCGAGUUUCUCGAACCAACCCGCCAAAGAUGUACUCAAGUCGGUCGUACGUGGCGUAGCAAUGGCGCCCAGUGCCAACCGAGAGUCGUCGCACAGCCCGCUUCCGUUGCGCACGCCGUCGAGGCACCCUCGGCUGCAGCUGUGCGUAUGCGCUGCGCGAGGCGCGCAUCGAUCAGCCAAGGCUGCGUCUAGGGACCUCUGCUGUGUCGCGAAGGCAGUACUAUAGCUGAUAUGAAAGGAUACUGUGCGAGCGCCGAGCA